AUGAGCAUCCCGGGUGGGUGCUCUGGGCCACUUGCUAGUGCCCGCUUGGGCCGGGAGGAAGCGCCAGAGAAGAAAAUAAUUAUAUUCGGUAUCACAGAGGUAUCUGUCACAUCAUGCACAGACCGAACCUCACAUACUAAUCUAUUAGAUCCACGAAUGAGGGGAAGACGAUGGAGCCCGAGAGAAAGGUUCAUGAUGAUCCAGGACCCCUAA